AAGGGAGCAGGGUGGGGCCGCAUCGCCGGAACCCGGAUGCUGAUGCUGACCGAUGGAGAGCAGGAAGCUGGAGAGAAUGAAGAGCUAGAGGAGUGUAAAGAGAGAGAGGGGGAACCGGCUGGAGGGUUAGCAGCAGCAGCAGCAGCGGUACCGGUACCGGCCUGCAGCAGGACAGGGACAUCCAGACAGCGAAGCGCAGCUCCUGUGGAUCUGUGUCCGCGUUGAGGAGCAGAGCGCCGGCCUGCUUGACUUGUUUGUGCAUCAUCUGCGCCGGAGAUGCGGUAACAUCAUGAGCACAGCCGUCCAGAGAGGGAGGAAGCAGAGAGGGGGGGAGCGCUGGGGAGUCGCCAGCUGAGGAUGCUUGUUGUUUCUAGAAACCAGCUCGACCGUCGGAGCGAGUUCUGAUCCACCUCCAGCAGCACCGGCGCGGGGCAAGAGCCCCUCCCCGCCGCAGCCGCCCCGAACCCGGGGGCGCAUCGCCUGUCUGCCUCGGCCUUCCCGGAGCCUGUGGGGUUUUUGUUUUUUCUCUUCUGAACGCUCACCCUCCUCUUCCUCUGUUUCCUGAUGCAGGGCCGGGGAGGGGGUGAGCCCAAGUGUGCACCGGAUAUUGGAAAAGCCAUUCUUCCUGCUCAUGCCUUAGUGAUCGCAGAUUAUAAUCUGGACGACAGCAGGCAGACGAGGCCCCGGGGCUCGACGGGACAGGAGCCGGGACAUGCGUGACGCUGGGAGGACCACGGGAACAUGUUUAGACGGCGGCAGGGGCAGCAGUGAGGCGCUGGGGGUCCCUGAUAUCGAUCCUCGGGAUGGAUCCGAUCGGGCCGUUCUGACUCGGGUUAUUUGAGACUGCACUCUUAACAGAAAUCAAUCCGAGGCUGAAGCAGCCUUCCUGUCCAGCUCCCCGCAUGAGCUUCUCCUUUCCUGCUCCACUUUGGCAAACUAUUAGCUGGAUGCAGACGUCAUCUCCUCCCACCUCUCCAUGUGGAUGAUGCUGCAUUCCGAGCGGCGCUGAAAGGGAACCGAUCCGGACCGGACCGCAUGACAAGUUGAAGGGUGUAGCCUGCAGGCGCCACCCCACCUCCCCCCCCCGUCCCGGCUUCGGAUCACGACCAGUUUAGUCUUUUUUUAUUAUUAUUAUUCCACCGCGCGCCCGUGCGGCGGCGCGCACGUGAUCUUGAUCUGCCGCGCAGCUCCGCUGGGGGGGUUAAAGUCGACUCCUGGCAAGAAUGAGCAGCAAAGAGAUCACGGUGGGCCAGUCCAGCCAGUACGUGGGGCCUUACCGGCUGGAGAAGACCCUCGGGAAGGGGCAGACAGGCCUGGUGAAGCUGGGAGUCCACUGCAUCACCGGGCAGAAGGUGGCCAUAAAGAUCGUGAACAGAGAGAAGCUCUCCGAGUCGGUUCUGAUGAAGGUGGAGAGAGAGAUAGCUAUUCUUAAACUAAUAGAGCACCCUCAUGUUCUGAAGCUCUAUGAUGUCUAUGAAAAUAACAAAUACCUGUACCUGGUGUUGGAGCAUGUGUCUGGUGGAGAGUUGUUCGACUACUUGGUGAAGAAAGGCAGGCUGACUCCCAAAGAGGCCCGAAAAUUCUUCAGACAAAUCAUCUCCGCUCUCGAUUUCUGCCACAGUCAUUCCAUAUGUCACAGAGACCUGAAGCCAGAGAAUCUUCUCCUGGAUGAGAAGAACAACAUUAGGAUAGCAGACUUUGGCAUGGCCUCACUGCAGGUUGGGGACAGUCUGCUGGAGACCAGCUGUGGGUCUCCUCAUUACGCUUGCCCAGAGGUCAUUAGGGGGGAGAGGUACGACGGUCGCAGGGCUGAUGUUUGGAGCUGCGGAGUUAUUCUCUUUGCUCUGCUUGUGGGAGCCUUGCCUUUUGACCACGACAACCUGCGGCAGCUCCUGGAGAAGGUGAAGAGCGGCGUUUUCCACAUGCCCCACUUCAUACCGCCUGACUGCCAAGCUUUGCUGAAAGGGAUGAUAGAGGUCAACCCCGACAAACGACUCACGCUUGAAGCAAUACAAAAACACAACUGGUACCUGGGUGGCCGAAACGAGCCUUGCCCGGAGCAGCCGCCGCCUCGCCGGGUGUGCGUGAAGAGGAUCCUGUCCCUGUCGGACCUGGACCCAGACGUCCUGGAGAGCAUGUACUCUUUAGGCUGCUUCAGAGACCGAGUGAAGCUCACACGGGACCUUACGAGUGAGGAGGAGAACCAGGAGAAAAUGAUCUACUACCUCCUCCUGGACAGAAAAGAGCGAUACCCAAGCUGCGAAGAUGAGGACCUGCCACCCAGAAACGACCUUGACCCACCCAGGAAGCGUGUGGAUUCCCCGAUGUUGACGCGUCACGGUCGGUGUCGUCCAGAGAGAAAGAGCUUGGAGGUCCUCAGCGUCACAGAACAGGGGUCUCCCACCCCACCUCGCAGGGCUCUGGACACAAACGCUCACAGCCAGAGGUCUCGUUCGGUCAGCGGUGCGUCCACGGGUCUGUCCUCCAGUCCUCUCAGCAGUCCCAGGAGCCCGGUCUUCACCUUUAGCCAAUCAGAGGUCACCUCCACUUCCUCCUCCAAAGACCCCAAAGCAGGAAGUGGCACCACUCCUCGGCCCGUCCGCCCGAUGCCCGACCCAAAAACCCAGACCUUGCCCUCGAAGGGUCCAGCUGACCGGCCCCAGCUCCACUCCAUGAAGUCACUCCCUCUCCAGACUCCACGCUCUCCUUCCCCCUCCCCUUCCCCCAUCCUCUCUCCAAUCCCGCGGUUCUUCAACUUCCCCUCUCCGUCCGUCUUCAGGUCCAAGAACAUCCACUCGUCCUCUAACUCCUCUGCCACCCCUUCCCCUGUGUCACAGGUCACGCCGCAGGGCUCGCCCCUGCCCACCCCGCUCGGCACGCCCGUCCACCAAAUCCAACACCCUUCCUCCACCACUCCUCCCUCCUCCUCCUCCUCGUCCUCUUCCUCCAGAGUGGACGGGGCGGGCGGGGCCUCGCUGACCCCGCCCUCCAGUCCUGGAGGGAGUGGCAACUUGGCCGCCUCGAGCUCCACCCACUGGAGGACGAGGCUCAACUCAUUCAAAAACAAUCUGCUGGGCUCGCCGCGGUUCCAUCGGCGCAAACUGCAAGUCCCGACAUCAGAGGACAUGUCCAGUCUGACUCCAGAGUCCAGUCCAGAGCUGGCUAAGCGGUCGUGGUUUGGUAACUUCAUCAGUCUGGAGAAGGAGGAGCAGAUCUUUGUUCUGAUCAGAGACAAGCCGCUCAGCUCCAUCAAGGCGGACAUCGUCCACGCCUUCCUCUCAAUCCCCUCCCUCAGCCACAGCGUGGUGUCUCAGAAUAGUUUUCGGGCGGAAUACAAGUCCUCGGGUGGCCCCUCUGUCUUCCAGAAACCUGUCAAGUUCCAGGUGGACAUCGCUUUCUCUGAGGGAGAGAGGGAACGAGAGAGGGAACGAGCGGAGAGGGAAGGACGAAGAGAGAUGGGCAUCUACAGCGUCACCUUCACGUUAUUAGCAGGUCCCAGUCGCAGGUUUAAAAGAGUUGUAGAAACUAUUCAGGCUCAGCUUCUCAGCACUCACGAUCAGCCAUCCGUUCAGGCUCUGGCAGAUGAGAAGAACGGUCAGCUCUCCCGUCCGCCCAGCGCUCCUUCUCAUCAGAACUCCCGGAAUUUCGAAAGCGGAUCGGAUCGAGUGGAGCGGGAGCCCACGGUGGACGGGGUGAGCGGUGGCAGCAGCAGCAGCAGCAGCAACAGCGGCGGGACGACCUUACAACGGCGAGAGUCGGGGAGAGACAAGACCAGACUCCUUUCAUCGUCCAAUGGGACACAGUCUCACCCGUGAAAAGAAUGUUGCAAACGGGAAGAGAGGGUUGACCGCCUGGCUUGCCUCUCUUCCUCCUCUCAGUCCUUCCUGCUUUCUUCCCUUAGCCUUUUCCUUACUUCCUUCCGGGCUUCUGACCUUUAAUCCCAUUUAAAGGAACGGGAGGCGAGAAGGAGUUUAGUCAAAGAUCGUUUAGAGAUCCAGAGAAUUCCCCCAAAGUGUCUGUCUGUAGUAGGAAGGCGUAGUGGGAAUGUAGAACUGAGAAAGCUCACAACCAGGGAAACGAGUCGUCCACCUCCUACAGCAGAUCGACAAAGCACAGGACAUUUCCAACAAACUACCACAAUCAGCAGUUGCUUCAGACUUUGCAGGAAAACCUCCUGGUCAUUUGGUCAGGUUGGUUCACUGUGACACCGGCCAACGGCUGAGUGCACCGAAGCAUUCCCUCUCAUCACUUCCUGCCCAUCCAGAUUUAUCAUCCGCAUCACUUUUUUUCCUCACCUUUCUAGGGGCGAACAAAUGUGUUUUCUCCAAGCAGGCCGAAAACACGAAGGAAAGCUGGCCAAGAAUCAGAUGAGCUCGGUGAUUGUUUGAAGUGGUUUGUGUCCCUAAAGGCUCAGCAAACCCUAACGACACGUUUUCACAAUCAAACAGGAAUAGAGCAGAGGAGCAAAUAUCGCCACGGAACGGAUCGGCGGUAAUGUGGACACCGUGCGUCGGAGUGAUGUAACUUUUCCUCAAACGUAUGGAGCCCCGUCCCAAGUUAUUUCUGAAAUACAACGAUAUGAAGCUAUGAUACCAUAUUGCCUUUACAAGAGAAGACAAAUGUGGACAACGGUAAGAGUUUAGCCACAUUUCAAAGAAAGGAGUCAUGCAGCAAGGAGGGUCCCCUACUAGUCUAAAAGCAUGCUGGACGAAAAGAUGAAGAGGCCAAACAUAGAAGGAGAUUUCCCUUAAUUUAAAUGCAGUGGACACACACAAAAAAAAAACAAACUAGGAAGCCAACAACCUUCUCUUUGGCUUAUUUAGAAAUGAAAAGCAGUUUUUAUGUGAAUGACUUUUAGAGCCUUUCUUUUACACCAUACGUAAUCUAUAUAAAUGGAGAAAUUGUUUUUGUUUUUUUCUAGUUUCUCCUGUUUUAGAAAUUUUAGUUGUUCCUUUUUUAAGUUGGUCUUUCUGAGCCUUAGAACAACUUCUAAUCUAAAACACACUCUAGCGCUAAUAUGAGCUGGUUCCACUUCAUAUGUGGUCGUUCACUCAUACCCCGGCGCAGUACGCUCACUUUCAAAUCCCUCGUCAUCACACAGGAAGUACCAAGUGCAUAACUGAUGGACCUGUAAGCUUUUAAACAAUUCAACAAGUCGUCAAGUUUUACCUCACCCCGGUCGGCAUUAGCUUAGCAUUAGCGCAUUUUCAGAAAUGGCUUUUCUUGAACCUAAACCACAAUUUAGUGGAAAAGAUUCAGAGAUUCUCUUUGAAUCUGACCAGAGAAAGUUGUACAUCUGACUCAUAAUGACAGUGAUAUAUUUCAGUCAUCUCAGUAACUGCUGUAUGCCGCUCGUAUUCUGUUUGCACCGAAUUCACUUUCCUCUUGCCAGAUGCUCGAUGGCCCUUCUUCUCUCUACAUAGUUUGCGUCUUUUUAUACUUGAUAUUGUUAAUGGCAGAACAAUAAAGCGUAAAGCUGCGUCCCAAAUAGCAGCAGCGAGGAAAAUCUGAUUGCAGCUUCUAUUUCUGUACACGCAAAAGAAUUGCGAAUGCUGCCCAUUCCAUGCCAAAGUGGGAGAAAACUGUCUGGCAUUUGUUUACACAACAAGGUGAGAAAAAUGGGGGAAUUAAAAAUAAUAACUGAAAACAAAUACUGGCAGAUUCAGCUUUCCUGUAAAGGGCCUAACAGAUAUUUACGUGUAUAACUAUUAAAUCUGAAAAUUGCCUCACAUCUGCAUUGAAUUACAUCAGCCGACAUCUGGCACCUAUUAACAGGUAUGUCAGCUUGUUAAUGGUUUGGAGUACAUUCCACAGUUCCUCUGCAUUUCUUGAUUUUGCCUCAGAAAAAAGGAGGUUUGAUGUCAUCAAAUAAGUUUACUAUUGCCAGGUCCAAAGAUCGGGCUUUACUCUGGAAAGUUAAUGAUGGAUUUUCUUCCACACUUUUCAGGUUUUUAGUUUCCAUUUGAAAACAACCACACAGAGAAUCCACUCCUAAAUUUCUUCAUAACAUCAGGAGUCGUAAAUCUCAGCCCCCACCGCCAAUCCACUAGAGUAGAUUGUCUCAAAAUGAAAAAAAUAAAUAAAAAUGCUGAAAUUAUAUCUAUAGAAUCAAUGCAAUAGUAGUAAGGACAUUGCAACAUCAGUCAAAUACCAACCUUACUCAAUCUCACUCUAUUAUGUCCUCCCUGGUGAAAAUUUAGUCCACUGACAUGCAUAAAACAAGAAGAAAACUUUAGGUUUGGCCUUUCUUUUUUGACCAACACGGGUCCAAAUGUACCCCAGAGCUCAGUUGGAUCAUACAUGUAUGCAAAAAGUAAUAAUCACAAAAGAAACGUACCCCAUCGUGAUACAGCAGAACAAUAUAAAUGCCACAUCCUUGAUCCCAAUGCACCUUCACUAGUCCUAACAAAGCACAAGAAAAGCCACACAAAAUGUGACGAGGUUUGGUACUUCACAAAAACCUGCUUUGUUUCCUCAUAUGUCGACUCAAAUAAAAUGACUUUGUUUGAUUUUUUUUUCAAUAUUAAAAUGCAAAGAAAAGACUGAAAAGAACCUUUAGCGUUGUAAGGAUGGGAUGCUUGAUAACCGAGCCUCAUGUUUUGGCAAAUUUGGACAUGACGUGUGUCCACUUUGUUUACAAAAAUAUCUAACGGACCUGAAACGACUAUAAGAUGUCUGUGGACGUCCCGUCUUUGGAAGGCUAAAGCGGCUAAUUUACCAGCUUUUGCUACAUUGCGGUGUCAUGGAAUUGAUGGCCACGUUAUGUAAAACCCGGCUGACAUUUUUGUGUUUUUAACAUAACUUUAACCAAAGGUCCACUACAAUCAAUUUUUUGCUUGCAUUGAAAUAACUAGCCUUCAACAAAGGAGGAAAACACAAUUCUGGUCUUGCUACAACGGCUAAAGCCGAAGUUAUAAUUUAUCUUAGACAUUAAUAAGUAAAUAAUUGUCCAUUACUGGCUUCUUGAGUCAGUAAAUAAUGACUCCAAGAGGCUCAGUUGAGCGUUAUGAAGUGGAAAUGUGAAUAAAAAAAUUCAAAAAGUGAUUUAAAAUUUCAACAGUUUUUUUUUUUUAAACCAUUCCUAUUCCCAAAGUCUAGAUGUUUUACGUCUCACUGAAAAAGAAUGAAGGUUGGGAAUGUUUACAAGAAAGCUGAGGUGAAAGAUCCAACAUGCUCAGGUGUGUCUGUCGUCACUCUGUACUCAUGCUGCCUGGGUAGGAAAAAUGAAGCCAAACCGAAGAAUGAAAUGUUCCUGGUCUUUUUUUAAAAAAUUUUUACCAUCUCCUCCCUUUUAUUGCACCGGUCUCUCUAUAUAUGUAGGUGUUUUUCAUCGAUGUAUUUAACGCAAGCAUAAAUGAGCGUGGAACUAAUUAUUUGAAUGUAAAAAAAAAAAAAAAGUUCUUAAAAUCACUGCACCAGAUUUUGAUCCAUAUGUAUUUAUUGACGUUUGAAGUAUUGAAGUUGUACUUUUAUUUUCAUUUUUAUUUGCUUUGUAUUGUUUGAAAGUAGUGCCCCCUCCACCCCCCCAUGCAGGGAUUUUAAGACUAAACCAACGUCUGUAACUGAAAAAUAACUUAAUUUGACACUGAGAUAUUUUAUGCCAAAAUAUGCUUUUGUCUCCAAUGUAUAUUUCUGUAUCUUCUGUUGAGUUUGGUAUUUAUUUAUCAUCAUCUGUGUGUGUCACCAUAGAUAUUCACCUUUUACAAAGCUAAACCAAAAGUUCAUCUACACUCUGACAUUUUAAGAGGACUUACUUGUAUGUCUUAAAGGAGCUUUAGUGAUAGGUAGGUAAUUAUCCGAGGCUUCAUUUUAGUUUGCCGUGUUUGAUUUUUAUCACCGCCUCAGACGAAACGGAGAUAACAGGUUACUAGAAUGUUGUAUGGCUACUUUAAAGAAUUCCUUUGUCGUUCUGCCGGGACACAGAGGAAGUUUUAGACAUUUUGUUCAUUGUGGAACGAGUCCCAAAGCAGAUUAUUCAUUAGGUGCUACGGCUCUCGUGACAUAAAGAAUAACAUAUUCACAGCUAUGCAUGAUGUCCACAGAGGAAGCCAUUUAUUUUAUUUGUCUGAUCUCGUUUUCAAGAUAAAAAAAUAAAUAAAAAUUGUUGAUCUAAUACAACUUCGUAACUACAACAGGAUCUGACUACACAACAAAAAGAAAAGCAUUUUCACGACUAUGCAGAUCCACAGAUACAGACGCUCUUUCCCUUUCAUAAGGUUUUGCCUCCACUUAAUGUCGGUUCUGUUGAACAGCUGUUUUGGUCUUUGAGGCAGUGGCUCCCCACAAAUUUGCAACAGCGUAUCAUGGCCCUUGUAGGUAAAUUUUUUUAAAUGAGUAGUAAAUUUAUGCCAAAAUAAACUCCAAAAUUUAAAGAUAAUAUCAAAAAUGUCCUAGAAAACACAUGGAAAUUUGUGAAAUUGAAAACCUAAAAAAAUUCUAGAGAAAAUUUGGACAUUUCUCAGUUUCAAAAGUCAAAAUUUGCAUGAAAAAAACUAAACUAGUUUUUUUUUCUUCCUCUAUUUUACCCCCCCCCCCCCCUACCUACAGUAUGCCCAAAUACGCCGUCAUAAAAAUUUGGCGUUUGGGGGACCAGAAACGAGAAAUUUUGAAAACGCUGAUGUCAUGACUCUGUGUGGCCAUGCGGCCACAUGGCAUUAACUAUGAUGUCACAACUCCAGCUCUCUUUACCCCGCAUGCGCCUCAUUGUCGCAAAUAUAAAACUUACCACAUUCUGUUUUUUGCGCCAUAAGCUGGCAGCGUUACAGUGCCACCAAAUGGCCCGGCAUACCAACUACAUUAUUUUCUGUUGUGUUCAAUUAAAAACAUUUUUAAGUAAAUAAAAGAAGAAAUCGAUCUUUACAGGGCCUCAAAUUGCCGCUAAAUUCUUUUCCACAAAUAGCUGGCUGUGCUCUGCAUUUAGAGCCAAUUGACACAUUAGCAUGCUAUCAUGCUAAACAUAACCGUUUUUUAUUAAUAAGCUGACAUGGUGAGGGCAGAGUUGUCAUGUUCAUAGUUUUGUGUACUUUUUGCUUAGUCUUCAAAAUCUCUUAAAUUUCACUCAUUCUCUUGACUUUUGUCAACGUUGCCCUUCAACACAUCUGGUUUCGAGAGCUUCAAACCUAGAGGCAAACUAAACCCUUUGUGAAUGUCUGCUGCGAUGGAUGCACCAUAGACUCAGGUGAAGCUGUGUAGUUUCAAAACAGCUUCGGGGAGGAAUUGUAAGUUCUUGCGGUAAGCCGGCGCUUGGUAGCGAUGUUAGCUAUAUGGUGGACGUGCGUUUUAGUCUUCUGGUGAAUGCAUGCGCAUUUGACGCCUGUGGUGACCCCGGAGCACAAGGCCCCUGUCCAAAGGGCAGAGGUCAAACAAGUCCCAAGUUACAGAUUUCCGUACCUAUUUUAAAACGCCAACUUAGAAUGUAAUUCAGAAGAAAGAGCAAACCCAACUGAAGCUAUAGAAGGUAGCUAAUCAGUGACAGAACUUACUUACCUUAUAUCUUGUACAUCUUCCCAUUCCGUCUCUUUGUAUUUCAAUCCCCACUUUCCUCCUAAAUGCACAUAACACACCCUCUUAUAUAAUCACCUUUCUUGUAUACAUUUUCUACACUAUAUACUUUGAUGCAGAUGCUGUAUACGUUUGUAUACACUGUGUGCCUGUCUCUGUCGCCAUUGUAUGCCAUUCAUAGCUAUGUAGCAUUCACUAUGUUUUAAUGACUCUGUAGUCAUCAUACAGCUCUUCUUCUCAUCAUUAUUACUCAUUCUUCUUCUGCAGUCAUAAGAGAAAUACAACUACAAUAUCUGCAGACCUUCCACCCUCUUUCCAACUUCAAAUUCCCUCCACCCUCGCUUCCGUUUCACAACCCUCACUCCUCCACACCGAUUCACUCAGUAGACAAAAAAAAAGAACGACUUUUCACUCUAAAAAAAUUCUUGAACAAAGGGGAGUCAAAGAGGGAGUAGGUGUCACAGGCGGUCGAGAGAGGAGCUAACGCGAUUAAUGAUGAUGAUGACGACAAAGAGAAAUGUCUGUAGUACAAUUAUUCAAAAGGAAAAGUGCACUAUUAUGACUAUGAUUAUUAUUGCCUGUGAGAAAUGCUGUUCAAUAAACAAUGGAAAUGUA